AUGGCUACCACCGGCCUGGUGAGCAACCUCCCCCAACGCCUCCGCAACUUCUUCGCCCGCUACCCACCCCAAAUCUACUCUGCAGCGGUAGCACCACGCCCCCCCACAACACAAGCACCGACAGCCUCGGACCAAACGACCGCAAUCGCAAACACUCCCUCCCAACUCGAACACCUCCAAUCCCAAUCCCCCGAGACAACAUCCCCCUACACCCCCAAUCGCGACGCCAAGGGCCACAAACGCCCGGACCCAAAGCUCUUCUCCCCCUCCCGCGCCCUCCUGCACAAUAACGACCCCUCGCACCCGAACCCGUUCCUGCCGCAGAAGAACGUCCGGACGGGAAAAUGGAUCGGGCCGCGGAUUGGCCUGCGAAGGCAGGCGGAGCUCGUCAAGAUGGCGAUCAAGUAUGAUGUGGAGGGGCUGUUGCCGGUGGGAAGGAAGUCGACGGAGUUUAAGGAGACGAGGAGGGCGGAAAGAGGUGGAUUGGCGGUUAAGGGGACGGGUGUUGGGCAGAAGGUCAAGGGUCAUAAGUGGGAGAGGACUAUGGAGGCGAGGUUGGAGGAUCGCAGGAAGGCGAUGAUGGAGAUGCCGGAGAUGAUUCGGUUGUGGAAGCAGAGAGGACACGGUCGUGGCUGGAAGCAGUGGCCCAGACGAUAA